CUAGCGUGCGUGCGACUGUUAGCCGUGGUUGUUAUUAGGCUGUCGGUCGCAUGCGCUGUGUCUUGCAAAGCGCUGCUGUCGCGGCCCAGGAGUGAGAGGGACUCACUAACCAAGGUGAUGCGCAGGGGGCUGUGACGAGGCGAGGUGGAGGUGCAGCUGCCGUGGCUAGGAGAGUGUGGGGGCGGCGAACGAGGGGCGGAGGCGAUGGCACUUCUGAGCGACGAACGGCGGUGGCAGCCGCAGGAGUCGAAGGUGUUGGCGGCGGCCACGGUAGCCAGGGCGGAGGAGGAGCGGUUGGAGCGGGAGCAUUUCCGGAGGAUCAUCAACGCGUUCCGAUACUACGGAACUAAUAUGCAUGAACGGGUGAACAGAACAGAGAGACAGUUUAGAUCUCUCCCAGAUGACCAACAGAGUUGUCUUCCUCAAUUCCUUCCUCACCUCGAUAAGAUUCGGAAAUGCAUUGAUCAUAAUCAAGAGAUACUACAGACCAUUGUCAAUGACUGCAUUCAUAUGUUUGAAAACAAAGAAUAUGGAGAUGGAAGUGGGAAGAUUACACCAGCUUCGAUGUUUGACAUGGAUAAAUUAAAAUCAACUUUGAAACAAUUUGUGAGAGACUGGAGUGAAGAGGGGAAGCCUGAGAGAGAUUCCUGCUACCAGCCAAUCAUUAGUGAAAUUGUAAAGAACUUUCCAAAAGAAAAAUGGGAUUUCUCCAAAGUUAAUAUCCUGAUACCUGGUGCUGGGCUAGGUAGAUUGGCGUGGGAAAUAGCUAUGCUUGGUUAUGCUUGCCAAGGAAAUGAAUGGAGCCUCUUUAUGCUCUUUUCUUCAAACUUUGUACUCAACAGAUGCUCUGAAAUUAACUCAUGUAAGCUUUAUCCCUGGAUUCAUCAGUUUAGCAAUAACAAAAGAUCUGCUGAUCAGAUACGACCAGUUUAUUUCCCUGAUGUUGACCCUCACAGUCUUCCUUCUGGUUCGAACUUCUCUAUGACAGCAGGGGAUUUUCAAGAAAUUUAUUCUGAGUGUAAUACAUGGGACUGCAUAGCAACUUGCUUCUUUAUAGAUACAGCACAUAACGUUAUUGAUUAUAUUGAUACAAUAUGGAAAAUACUAAAGCCUGGAGGAAUAUGGAUAAAUGUAGGUCCUCUCCUUUACCAUUUUGAAAACCUGGCAAAUGAACUUUCUAUAGAAUUAAGCUAUGAGGAUAUAAAAAAUGUUAUACUGCAGUAUGGAUUCCAUAUAGAGGUGGAGAAAGAAUCUGUAUUGUCAACAUACACUGUGAAUGAACUCUCCAUGAUGAAAUGCUACUAUGAAUGUGUGUUCUUUGUGGUGAGAAAACCAGAAUAGAAGUGAGUUUAGAUAGGUUAAUCGGAAAGAAAUGCUGGCUCGAAUGCUAAAAUUGAGAACAAAACAGACUGGGUGAUGUCUGGACAAAUCAGUGGUGCCUUCUUAUGCCUAAUAGGAUUUAGAUAGCAUCUAUUUUCUUAACAUCAUCUCUAUUGUUAUCCAGACAUGUAGUGUGCCAUGCAUAUUUGUAAUGUAUUAUUGAAAAUGGAGGGGGAAAUGUUCACAUACACUGUCUUUAUGCUUUGGAAUGCAUUAAAAAAAAAAGGCAACAUUUUCAUGUGUAUAAAAUUUAAUGUUUCCCCUAACCAGGCUAGUUCUUCAUAAAUGCUGCCUCAUUUUUUCAGAAAUUUAUAAUUAUUUUCUUUUUUCUAUUUUCUGAUGUUAAGGAUGCAUAGUGGUAUUUAGUGUACUAGCUGUGUCACAGUUCAGAGAAGUAUUUCUAAAUGUACACUUAAAUUAUGAAGUCUGAAAUGGGUUGAAAAGUUGUAAAAUGAUUCUUGACAUAUAAUAACUAUCAGAACUGUUACAGCAUUUUCUGUGGAACUGGAAAUAGUGUAAAUAGGAACAAAGUAGACUAUUGUAUGAAUUCUAAUCUUUGAAUGUGAUUGAUUGUACCGCUGUUAACCAUUUACUCAAAACACAAUCUGUAGACAAUUUGAAAUACUAUGUGAAAGCAUAGUAUCAAAUGAAGAAAAGCAGCAUGUCACAGAGGAGCAGUAAAUUAACCUCGGUUCAGGAAUAACCUAAUGUUUUUUCCUGGCAAAAUGAGCUUUAGGUGGAUAUUCAAUCUACAAAUCCUGGUAUUACACAAGAGAGACAGAUGCCUGCUCCAAGAAAGACCUAUUUAAAGCUGAAACACUACCAUUCUAACAAAUUGGAAAAAAAAACCCCAAAAAACAAAACCAAAAAACCCCAACAAAAUCCAAACAAAAAAACCCCUACAAACAAACAAGAAAACAAACCCUUGCACACCACAAAAAGAGAAAUAUUUUUUUUCCUUUAAUUUCCUUAUUGUACUAUUUACUCUUCGUCCCGUGUUCCCCCCCCCCCCCCCCAUGAACUUGGAUACUUUGUCUUUAUUAUGGUGGUUUUGGUUUUGGGAGGUUUUUUUUCUUAGAUAAAAUGUGAUUAGUGUUUAAUUUGAUUUUUUUCAAGCUCCUUGAAAUAAGGCAAGGUUAGGUAAAUGUUGAUUAUGCAAUUGCUGAGUAGUUACAUCUGUAAUACUGCCCAACUUAUGUCUCUUAACCAGUCUGUAGUUACUCUUAAAAUGUGGUGUUCCUGUUUUUACAAAUAAAAAAAUUGAACUCUGGCAUUCUGGUUGAAUCUCAAUAUCCUUUGUUCUCUUGGUUUUCUUCUUCGCUACCCCACACUGUCAAAAGUUACAUUAAGAGUUGGAAGCACAAUAAUCUUAUAAAUUACUUGUAAAUAGGACUGCAGGUAAAACACUACUAUAUACGAGUUCUUAAAAAUCAUUAUUUGUAUUUUUAUGGACAGGGAUAAUCGCGUAUUAUUCUGUGUGACUGCAUUUGGUUUUUUUCUUCAGUUGUACAUACAGGGGAGAAAAACUACAUAACUUAUUUUAGCUUCAGCUGCUAAACAAUUUAGGUCACUUAAACUGUAUGUGGUAUUGUAAUUGUGCAAAAUAAAAUGCUGCAUAAUCUGCAGAGUAAUACUUCUUUAUAUGGAGUAAGUUUGACAAAUGUGAAGUGUCCUGUAUUUUUAUUUGAAUGUAGUAUAUCAUAAAAUCAGUUAUGACAAUAAUGUGUUGUUGUGGUUU